AUGGACGGCGACGAUGACCAGCCGACUCAAGGCAAACAAAACUCGGGCUUUUCCGACGAUGAUAUUUCCGAUAUUGUCUGCGUCCUCCACCCCCAUUCCUCCCAUGCCCGCCGAGAAAUCCGCCGAAUCGCUCUCGAAAACUCGCACCACAUCUUUGGGAGGGCCGAAGUAGACGGCGUCGAUGGUGACCUUUACCACGAAGAUGAGGCCAGCCGCUUUCAAAUGGCCCCGCCAGCCCAGGGCAAUCACGUCGUCGUGCUCAAGCUCUCUGCUAGUAUGAAGGAUCCCCUCAUGGGCUUCACCUUUGGCCGGAAUCCAGCCCGCUGCGACAUGUGCUUCACAAAUGACCCGUACAGGAGGCUAAGCAACAUCCAUUUCCGCAUCUUCAUCAACGAGUACGGUGUCGUCAUGCUCGAGGACCAGUCUACCAAUGGCACCAUCGUCGACGGCAAGCUGCUAAAGUCCAAAUCCCACAACCCCGCCGAAACCAAGCGUAUGCUCAACUCCGGCUCGAGGAUCAAAAUCCUCAUGCACGAGGAAAACAUGGACCUCGAGUUCAUGGUCCGCGUCCCCGACAGCGCCGCGCGCGCGAGUACCGGCGUCACCGUCACCCCCGGUCCCACAGGUCCCCCAACCUCUUCCCCCGCCGGCCCAGGGCACGAAGCGCAUACCACUCCCCGAUCAGCGCGUCAAAUCGGCCACUCCCCCACAAAUGGCGCCCUCAACCAUGCCGUGAUCCCGCGGGAAUGGGAUGGUUCGGACAAGUAUAACAGGGUAGGCAUCAUUGGCAAGGGUGCCUUUGCCGUCGUAUACCGCGUCACCUCCAAGAUUGAUGGGAGCCCGUACGCGGCCAAGGAGCUUGACACUCGGAACUUUAUGAAAAACGGCAUCUUGGAUCAAAAGGUGGAGAAUGAGAUGAGAAUCAUGCAAAGGAUCAAGCACCCAAAUAUUGUUCGAUAUAUAGAGCAUUUUGACUGGGAUAACCGGCUGCUCAUCAUCGUCAUGGAGUUCAUCUCGGGAGGGGACCUGGGCAAGUAUAUCAACGCUUACGGACCCCUUCCGGAAGACACGGUGAAAUCUGUGGCCAGUCAACUCCUCGAUGCCUUUGAAUAUCUCCACGAAAACAACAUCACCCACCGGGACGUGAAGCCUGAUAACAUCCUGGUUAGCGGGGUGGAGCCCUUUGAGGUUAAGUUGACUGACUUUGGCCUUUCCAAAAUGGUCGACAGCGAGCAAACCUUUUUGAGAACAUUUUGCGGCACGCUCUUGUAUUGCGCGCCCGAAGUAUAUACCGAAUUCACAGAGUACGACCACAUGGGUAGGAGGAACCCGCGGAUCAAGGCUCGCCGGCCCGUGGGCCAACGGUACGGCCACGCCGUCGAUGUCUGGUCUCUAGGGGGCGUCCUCUUCUAUACCCUGACUGGAAAACCUCCCUAUCCCGUCAAGUCAGGCAUCAGCUACUCGGAGCUUCUCAACCAAAUCAUGACCACCGACCUGAACGUCCAACCCCUCGAGAAGCAGGGUAUCUCGCGACAAGGCAUCGACUUUUUGCGUCUGAUGUUGCAGAAACGACCUGAAAUCCGAUCAACGGUGCAGGAGCUGCGCAACCACCCCUGGCUGGGCGGGUCGUACGUUCCGCUUCAUCCUGCCUAUCAAGAGUCCUUUGACGAGAUCACGGAUGACGAGCUCCAGGCAGACGCGUCGCAGCUGAGCCUCGAGGAGGUCCACCUCACUCGGCGCGGUCCACGCGCUGUCAUCUCUGACCUGAUUGAUGACGAUUACAUGGACGACGAGGAAUCAGAAAAAGAGAAUCAAACGCAAAAUCCCCGGCCGGCGCCGCGCCUUUUGGCGAGGUCAACGUCUCCGCGAUUGGGAGCUCGGGGCGCAGGAGAAACCAUUAUUCUCGACUCCGAGGCCGGGGACAGUUUUGACGACUCGGACCACUUCACGCCCAACCGGCGCUCGCAACCCAAACACCAUGCGCACCCGUCCAUCGGCCCGCACAAUCAGUCGGCGGAUCAGCUGCAGAGCUUGGUACACGACGUCCAAUCGCAAAGCCUGGGAAGAACGGAAUCCGUAGCCGGCGGUGUCAGCCUGGGCACCAGGAGUGACUCUUCCCGCCUCAUGCAGCCGACGGACUUUACGACGAGUAAGCGGAAGCCCAGUCACGACACGAGCGACGAGUUUGAUCAGCUACAAGACCGCGACAAGCCGACUAUCAAGAGGCUCAAGUCGGAGCUUGACAUUGAGGGGCUCUCGGAGGAAGUCAUGGAGGAAUAUAAGCUGAUAGCCAGCGUCCCGCCCGUGCAAAGACUCGAGUCGGGCCGUCAAAUUGAUCGGCCAGUCCAUAAGACGGUCUACUGGGACCGGAGGGACGCUGGCACCCACCACGUGCACUACCCCGAAAUGACGCAGCUGCAACUGGACGUUUUCCGGCAGGCGGCGCGCGAAAAGGGCCAAAACGCGGAAGAGGGCGGCAAGGAAAACGCCCCUCCGCCGCAGCCGACGAGGCCCCAGACGCUGCUGAGGCGUGACUCUCGGAAGCUUAGGGACGGGAUUGCCGACAUCCCGUCCACCGCACCUCCCAGCAUGGCCGAGUUUAGCGAUGGCUUGGACUCUAUCCCCGACACUCUGCCUACGGAGGGCAUCAUUGUACCCCUCCAAGACGACCCGAACCACAAUCGCGUCGUCGGCCUUAUCGAAUCCGCGCCGGACUCGGCCGUCACCAACGUGUCUCUCCCCAUCGCUGACUCGAUGAUGUCGUGGGGAAGAGGCCCGGAAAAUACCCACAUGUACGAGCCCAAGACCGAGGUGCGGGUGCCAAAGUGCGCCUUCAAGAUCCUGCUCUACAAGGAAGGCUUCGACGCGGCUAGGGACAGACAUCCGCACCCGUGGCUCCGUGCGCAGCAGGAUGACGAGUCGUUUGCAUUCUACAUUUGCACCAAGGCCACCAACGGCAUCUGGGUCAACAACCAACACCUCCUCUCCCACGACGCCAAGAAGCCGGCGUCCCCCGCCCACCACUGGAUGCGGCUCUACAACGGCGACCAAAUCAUUGUCUGGGGCAGCCUCGACGCCGACAAGACCAAGGUGACUCCCCGCCCCGUGCACGCCGGGCUCGCCCGCCGCCUCGACGAGAUAUGCCUCAAGGCCGAGCGGCGCUCGCGGUCCGACAACAUGUACCGCCAGCAGAUGGACAUGGCCGUCCGCGAGCACUCCCUCAGGGAGAGGUAUGUCGAGUCCGAGCGCGCCAGGAGCGCCCAGUUUGAGAAGAAGAGGCAGAUGGCUGUCGCCUUUGUCAACGCCGCCCGCCUCGCUUCGCGCAAGGGCUCCCCGCAGGCGGCCCCGGCACGCCAGGCGGAAGGAUGCGAAACUAACCUGUCUUUUCUGGCCCGCCGCCACCACCCCCACCCCGCGCACAUUGGCAAACCGACAUUAGCAGCAAGAUGGCAGCUUCCGCCGCCUUGUCCCUCUGCUCUCCCCCUUCUCCCCUUCCUUCCCUCCCCCAUCCUAUCUCCUAUCUCUACCGACGCCCAGGAACUGUAUUCUUGA